UUCUAUUUUUCUUCGUGUCUUGAAAGCCAUUGAAAACCUCUGAAAUGGCAGGAAGAACAAGGCCAAGAGCCCAUGGAGUUAUAUUUAGAGACGAAACAAGGACUAAGCACAAAGCAUAUAUUAAGAAUGGGGCCAAAAACGAGAUCAUCUUAUCAGCUGGUGCAUUGGGAAGCCCACAGCUCUUGAUGCUAAGUGGAGUAGGCCCGGUAGACCAACUCAGGGCCCAUAACAUUAAAGUAGUUCUGAACCAACCCUCGGUUGGGCAAGGCGUGUCCGACAAUUCCAUGAAUACAGUUUUCGUCCCCUCUCCCAUUCCUACGGAGGUUUCACUCAUCCAAGUCGUCGGCAUUACCCAUUUCGGAAGCUAUAUUGACGCCGCCAGUGGCGAAAACUUUGCCGGUGGAGCUGGCACAAAAGAUUAUGGAAUGUUUUCUCCAAAGAUUGAUCGGUUAUCUACAGUCCCACUACAAGAAAAGAGCCCAGAAGCAAUAGCCCAACCGGUUGAGUCCAGGAAGAAGAUGGGCCAGGCUGCGUUCAAUGGCGGAUUCAUCCUGGAAAAGAUAAUGGGCCCUCUUUCAAAAGGCCAUCUGGAGCUCCGAACCCGCAACCCAAAUGACAACCCGUCCGUUACUUUCAAUUACUUCAAGGAGCCCCAGGACUUAAAGAGAUGUGUCCAGGGCAUUCGAACCAUAGAGAAAAUAAUAGAAUCAAAAUCAUUCUCUAAAUUCAGAUAUGAUGCAAUGCCAUUCCCAGUGCUCCUCAAUCUGACUGCGAGUGCCCCUCUAAAUCUGUUGCCUAAACGUUACAACAUGUCCAUGCCAUUGGAGGAUUAUUGCAGGGACACUGUGAUGACUAUAUGGCAUUACCAUGGAGGUUGCCAAGUUGGGAAGGUGGUUGAUAGUGAUUAUAAGGUUCUUGGCAUUGAUGCUUUUAGGGUUAUCGAUGGAUCAACAUUUAAUUAUUCCCCGGGGACUAAUCCUCAAGCCACAGUCAUGAUGCUUGGAAGGUACAUGGGAGUCAAGAUAUUAAAUGAGAGACGUGGAGUUGAGGCAACUGAUAAGGAAUGAGUCAGAGUUUGAUUUUCUGUUCCUUUUUCUAUUUAAAGCAAUGAAUCAUGUGGAAAAACAAGUUGUCAAUGACUGCAAUUAUGAAAUAUCUUGAGGAAUUAAUUUGAUACAUAUUGCUGAUGUAUAAACAGUGAUUGUUUUG